AUGACUGUAGCCAUACCCAUAGCCACCAUAGCCUUGGCUACCACAGCCACAGCCAUAGCCACCGUAACCACAGCCCAGGCCACCACAACCAAAGCCAAGACUUCCACAGUAGUUGCUGCAGUAGCACAUGCUUUCAGCGGAGAAAUGGGAGGUCCUUUAAAGGAUGUGGAGUGGAAUUCCAAGUACAACCCCAACAAACACAGACUUAAUGAUAAGGAAGCCAUCCACUACAGAGACAUAAAGAUCAUGACCAAGCAGUCACUCUUUCAGGAGCUAUCUAGAGAUGAGAAAUAUGUCUAUUUUUCCUCCUGGAGGGCAUAUAAAAAGCCCUCUGUAGGUGCACUGUCCAUACUGAAGUCAACUUCUCUCCUUCUCUACCCAAGAACAACCUCAACAAUCAACACCAUGUGUGGCAGUUACUACGGAAACUACUAUGGAGGCCGCGGCUAUGGAUGUUGUGGUUAUGGAGGCCUGGGCUAUGGCUAUGGAGGCCUGGGCUAUGGCUAUGGAGGCCUGGGCUGUGGCUACGGAGGCCUGGGCUGUGGCUACGGAGGCCUGGGCUGUGGCUAUGGCUCCUGCUAUGGCUGUGGCUACCGCCGACUGGGCUGUGGCUACGGCUGUGGCUAUGGUUAUGGCUCCCGUCCUCUCUAUGGCUGUGGCUAUGGCUGUGGUUCUGGCUACGGUUACUACUAUUAAGGACACCAUGAGAUAGUCUCAUGCCAUUCUCCUGGACAACAAUAAUCAUCAUUUUGAACCCAUGGACUCUGAGCCUUCAUGAAGACAUACCUUCUGCUGCCCUCUGGAUUGGGUGAUGGUGUUACAACUGCUUUGAUGUUUUCAUUCUAAGGCCUGUCUCUCUGUUGAUCUAAUAAACUUGUUCAAUACAAACAGAAA